AUAAGACGCCAGGCCUUAGGUUUGGUGCGGUCAGAGAAUCGCGGUUUGACACAUUUACAAGCAAUACGAUGCUUACGUAGGACACACUGAUCUUUUAUGGACGAUGAGAAGUGAAUUAGCAAGUCUUAAAAUGUUAUACUGUCAUUAUGUCAUGUAGGAAAGGAUAACAGGACUUCUGCUGAAUGUCUAUUCUUUUUUAUAUAUAACCUCAGACGUUUACGUUCAGAUGGUGGAAUCGCAUGCAAAUGCAACACUGUAACGUUAGCAUCGGCUAAACCGAUUGUGGAGCAUCUGUCGACACCCAUAUCACUCCACAACACAAUCCAGUAUGGAUUUCGUUUUGAGUGGGAUGGCUGCCUGUGGAGCUUGUUUAUUCACAAACCCACUUGAGGUAGUGAAGACGCGGAUGCAACUUCAAGGGGAGCUAAAGAGUCGAGGAACCUACCAGGUCUACUAUCGCAACGUGUUUCAUGCCUUCUACACAAUUGGCAAGGUUGAUGGAAUCGCAGGAUUACAAAAGGGAUUGGUACCAGGACUCGUGUAUCAGUUCGUUAUGAAUGGGGUGCGUCUUGGCUCAUAUGCCAUUAUCGAAUCCUCCGGUUACAUUCAAACUGACGGCAAGGUCAGCGCGGUCAAGAGCAUUGUGGCGGGGGCUAUUGCAGGAAUAGUCGGUGCCUAUAUGGGCAGCCCGAUUUAUUUGGUGAAGACACACCUGCAGAGUCAGGCAACGUCCUCCAUUGCUGUUGGGCAUCAGCACAAACAUCGGGGGAUGCUCCAUGCACUGGCAGACAUCCACAAACAGCAUGGCAUUAUGGGAUUGUGGAGGGGUUCCAGUGCUGCUAUCCCAAGGGUCAGCGUGGGUUCAGCUGCCCAACUCUACACUUUCUCUGCUUCCAAGGAGCUUGUGACGAAUCUUCAGCUGUUUCCAGAGGGCAGCUGGCUGAUAUCCUUAACCUCUGGAAUGGUCAGUAGCGUGGCAGUGGUGUCGGCCAUGACUCCGUUUGAUGUGGUUAGCACCCGACUCUACAACCAGCCAGUGGACCACCUCGGCAAGGGCGAGCUGUACCGGGGCUUCAGCGACUGCUUUUCCAAAACGCUGAAGAAAGAGGGAUUUACGGGCCUCUACAAGGGUCUGGGAGCGUCGUACUUCCGCCUCGGUCCACACACCAUCGUGUCUCUGCUCUUGUGGGAUGAGCUGCGCAAGUUUUACAAGAAACACAGUUAGUGCCUCAAGGGGAAUAAUGUGUGUGUGUGUGUGUGUGUGUGUGUGUGUGUGUGUGUGUGUGUGUGUGAUAGGGAGAGAGAGAGAAAGAGAGAGAAUGAAUGAACGUGAUUAGAGAAAUGACUCAUUACAUGGCAAACCUCAUCACCCCCAAAGGCCUCAGGUAAACAAAUAUCUCAUGUGGAUAGGAGUUGGAAUGCAGAAGAGAGAGAAGUGAGGGGAAAGCUAACUCUGCCCUGUAUGUUACACACUGGAGGAGGGAAGAGGGGGCCUACUGCUGAAGGUUCACUGUACCACAGGAGUGUCGAAGUCUGUGGUAUGAGGGGUGUUUUAAAUAGACCUGCAGAUCUGCAAAGGAACAGCAUGUUCUUUAGGCAUACAACACGCCCAUCAUGCAAAUGUAGCAAGUUCAGAACAUUUUUCCAAAUUGCUAAUGGAAAAUAAUACGUUGUUUUGCUUAAAAUCAUGCUGCUGUAUGCCGCCAUGCUGCUGUAAAAUGCCAAAUAGUUCCACAAGUUUUAGUUUUUAAAAUGUAUUUUAAAGGGCAUCAACAUUUUAUCUUCCAUGAAGUAACUGGAACCGUAUGCAUUUUAAAUUCUGAAUACAGUGGGGGGAGAAGGAGAGAGGAGGGCUAUUACGUAUUGUCCUUCUGAACAAACUAUGGUUAUUCAGUGGUACUCCCUAUGACUCUGGGUGGACGUUCCACAGUCAUUCUUACUGAGGGGUUUUUGAUGGGACUCAAGAUGAGUAAACCAGUGGUAAGGUCUUACAUUUUCGACUAAGUGGACGAUUCCUCAAACAACAGUAGCAUUCUUGCACCUGCAUUCGUUUGGCUUUUGGUUUGAUGCACUGCACCGUGACUGAAACAACAGUCAAUACCUAACAAUGUUGACAGUCCAGUGUUUUUUGUUUCCAAGUACUUGUUCUUUGUUCUCAUCCUCUAGAGAUCAUUUGCAUUUCAGUAGUUUGAAGAAGACAAAUGGAUUGUGCUCAAAUGAACUUCUACCUUCUAACUUCUGCCUUACUGUAGAAUAUAUUUUGCUACUGAGUAUAGUGUUUUAAAAUAGUUGUGAUGCUUGGUGAUAAUUAACUACACCAGGUGCACAGGAGAUACACUUGAUAUAGGAAAUGUAUUGAUACAGACAGUGUAAUAUAAAUCUAACAGAUAUAUAUAUAUAUCAAACGGUGACAGAAAUGAACCAACAAUAAAUGUGUUUUGAAAAAAAUAUGUUGAAAUAUUUUGAAAGUUAAAAGAAAAUGUUCACUCUAUCCACUACAAAUGUUAAGGUCAAAUAAAGGUCUGAGUGCUGUAA